AUGACUGGGUAUCUUGAGACCCAGGGAGGCACAGAUAAAAUGGGGGGUAAACAGGUCGUGCACGACGUUGAAGAUCCACCCGCAGAGUCGGUGCCCACGUUCAGGGCUGUCAGCCCCGACGAUGGGCAGAUCGUGACCCAACAGGAGCAACAAAAUCUGAUUCGAGGUCUAUCGCAACGCCAUGUUCAAAUGAUUGCGAUCGCCGGUGCUAUUGGAACAGGGCUGUUUCUCGGCCUCGGCGGUUCAAUCGCCACGGGUGGUCCUCUAGGUGCUCUCCUUGGCUAUAUGUUUGUCGGAACGAUCGUUUGUUCCAUUCAAUUUGCUCUCGGGGAGGUUUCUGCUCUGCUACCCGUGACUGGUUCAUUCGUUCGUCAUGCUGAGGUUCUUAUCGACCCGGCUUUGGCCUUUGCGAUCGGAUGGAACAUCGUCUACGGAUGUUUCCUGAGUGUCCCCAGUGAGAUCUCCGCUGCCGUAGUCCUGAUCGAGUAUUGGACCACCGACGUCAACCCUGCCGUGUGGGUAACUAUUCUCAUUGUCGUUUCCGUGGUCGUUGCCAUCUCCUUCAUCGGUGUUUAUGGCGAGGUGGAGUUUAUCUUUGCCAUUUUGAAGAUCCUUCUGGUCAUUUUCGUGGUGAUCCUGGGUCUGGUCAUUGAUCUAGGUGGUAUCCCAGGCAAGCCGCGAUUGGGAUUCCACUACUGGAAAAAUCCAGGCCCGUUCGUUGAAUACAUCGCUACGGGAAAUCUGGGGCGUUUCCUCGGAUUCUGGGCAGUUAUGACAAACGCAGUCUACUCCUUCGCUGGUGUGGAAUCUCUAGCCAUGGCCGCUGCGGAAACCAAGAACCCUCGUCACAACAUCCCCAAGGCUUGUAAACGGGUCUUCGCACGUGUUACCAUUUUCUACCUAGCAGCAGUUUUGGUGGUUGGUAUGCUAGUCUCGAGCGCCGAUGAUAGACUCAGCGAUGACUCUGGCACCGCGGCUCAGAGUCCCUUCGUGAUCGCUGCUAGUGAUGCUGGCAUCAAAGCUAUCCCUUCCAUCGUCAAUGCUGUCUGUCUGACAUCCGCCUGGUCUGCCUCCAACCAAAGCAUUCUUGCUGGAACCAGAACGCUUUAUGGUCUUGCAAUCAAGGGCCACGCUCCCAAGAUCUUCCUCCGAACUACCAAGUGGGGAGUGCCGUACAUGUGUGUGUUGCUUCAGAUCGCCUUUUCUUUCCUGGCGUAUAUGUGUGUUUCGAACAGCGCUUUGACCGUCUUCUGGUGGUUCGUUGAUCUUACUGCUGCGGGUACCUUGGUCUCUUGGAUUUGUAUUGCCUUGAACCAUAUCCGCUUGAUGCAAGCGUUGAACAAACAGGGCAUCUCACCGGAUGCUCUGCCAUGGCAUAAUCGGAUCACAAGAUACACAAGCUGGUUCGCUUUGGUCUCAUGCGUCAUCAUUCUUCUCACGGGUGGAUUUACCGUGUUCACCAAAGGCAACUGGGACCCGGCCUCUUUUGUUUCGAGCUAUCUUGAUAUCCCGCUUGUGCUUCUUGCGUAUGGAGGCUACAAGUUGAUUCGUCGGACAAAGAUUGUCCCUCUAGACAUGGUCCCUCUGCGCCAGGCUCUUGAUGAGGCCGAGAACGACCCUGAGAACGUACCUCUUAAGAAGGACGGUUUCUUAUCGAAGAUCAACAUCUUGUGGGGCUGA